GGUCGCUUGGCUAACGAAGAGUCACUGCCAUUAGCUGUUCUCUGGCCGCAUUUUGUCAAGGAAAAGAAACCAAAAUGCAAACGUCUCUCCCGAACAUCGCUCUUUUCUCAGUUCUUCAGCUUUUAUUGUCUCUGUCGUGUUUCCAAGAGGUUGUCGAAGCCACCAGCGGGAAAGGAUUUGGAGAUCACAUCCACUGGAGGACGCUGGAAGAUGCCAAGAAAGAAGCUGAAGCCAGUGGGCUGCCAGUCAUGGUCAUCAUCCACAAGAGCUGGUGUGGAGCCUGCAAAGCACUGAAGCCCAAGUUUGCUGAAUCCAAGGAAAUCUCUGAACUGGCGCACAACUUUGUAAUGGUGAACCUGGAGGAUGAGGAGGAGCCAAAGGAUGAAGCCUUCAGCCCAGAUGGGGGAUACAUUCCUCGGAUUCUUUUCCUUGAUCCGCUCGGGAACGUCCAUCCUGAAAUCACCAACAAAAAUGGGAACCCCAGCUACAAGUACUUUUACAGCAAUGCAGAACAUGUUAUAUCCGGUAUGAAGGAGGCGCAGGAGAAGCUGACGGGGGAUGCCUUCAAGCACGGUCACACUGGAGAUGAGCUGUGAGGAGGCAGCGACGGGCUUCAGGCUGUAAGGGCUAAACUUCCUCUACCUGAUCCCGCGGUACAAAGCUCCUCCAAACGACCCUUUUGGAUAUUUAUACUUUUCACAUAGUGGGGUUCAUCUCACUGACUGAAGCCAACCAUUAUAGGAAUCGGUGCUUUAGUAUUUCUUUCUGUCCUCUAUUACUCAUUUUAAUGUAACUAAAUGCCAUAUACUGUACUUACUGUCUGUAGAGGAUACAAUCAAUUCAAACUAGCCACGUUUUCUGCCAUCUAUUAACUCUCACCACAUUAGAUAGAAACAUCACAUCUUCAAAAAAAGCCAAGACUUUAGGAAGAUGCACUAUCUGCGAGAAGUUUCGUUUUUCAAAUACAUUAAUAAACCUUUAAAAGUUUUCACCCAGGAGCAAAGAAACUAUAUUUCACCUUAGUUCAGAUUAAGUAUUGAAACACCUCCAGUGAUGUGCUUCCAGAGAUCCUCUACAGUAUGUGUACCUUAACUGUCUGUGAAAAUGUUCACCAUGCACAACAUGGGUUUUCUGAUUUAUUACUGAUUUUAAUCCUGCCAGUUUAUGUGUACUUACUAAAUCAUAGACAGUAUCAAAGAUGGCUUGUGCUACUGUGAUGAUGUCACCCACUGGUAAGUGAAGUCCUGCAAUGAAGCCUUGAGAUGAGCGGUUUGUGAAAAGUACAGGUUGGACCUGACUGACCCAAAAUGAGUGACUAACUCAUCAGGAAAGUGUUUAGUAAGGUCCUGGGACAGCGCCUUUUAUCCCCUAAACGUUUAUGCGACCAGAGGUCUCUUUGCAACCACAGGAGUCGCCCCCUGAUGGUCAAUAGAAAGAAUGCAGUUUUAAGGCUUCACUUUUCAGACACAGAAGCUACUUCCACCUUUUUAUACAGUCUAUGAUCUAGAUCUACAUAAACAUUUCUUUUCCGUUUUGCUGCUUGUGAAGUGACGCCCAUUUCAUUUUUAUUUUUUAUGGGUCUUGUUAAACUCUUGAAAUAAGAGAACACUGAGGUGUCUGGAUGUAUUUUAUACAUGAAUACGGCCAAGUGUGCAAAUAAAGUUUGUUCUGUUGAACGGUUUGAAUCACUUCAA